AUGGGUGCAUUGAACCUCGCGGAGUGGCAGAAAUUGCCUAUUUCGCUUUCCGAGCUAUGUAUCAAUACGACCUUGCGCUGUGGUCAAUCGUUUAGAUGGCGGAAGAACGAUGCCGGCGUCUGGUCCAUUGCGCUGCACAACCGCAUUCUCUCCGUCCAUCAAGACUCCGACCAUCUGUACUACCGCUCAAUCCCACCCAUCCCGCGGCCAUCUCCUGCAUCAUCGCGGCGUACCGCGCAAGUGAAACCCACCAAACAAACCCAAGACGAGGAUGAUACCCUCGACCUGAUCAAGCACUACUUCAACCUCACGCCCAACCUCACAGAACUCUACGCCCAAUGGUCCGCCUCAGACCCCAACUUCGCCAAAAAGGCGCCCAAGUUCACCGGCGUGCGCAUCCUGAAGCAAGAUGCCUGGGAAGCCCUCGUCGGCUUCAUCUGCAGCAGCAACAACAACAUCGUGCGCAUCUCGCAGAUGGUGCAUAAGUUAUGCGUGCACUACGGCCCUCUGCUCGGCCAUCUCGACGAAGAAGCCUACCACGAUUUCCCCGAGCCGGCCGCCCUCGCGCAGGACGGAGUCGAGGCCAAUCUACGCUCGUUGGGAUUCGGUUAUCGAGCAAAGUAUCUCUACCGCACAGCCUGUAUGAUUGUCGAGAAGCCUGAAGGCUGGCUCGACUCCCUGCGGAAUCCAGAGUCGCCUGUGCUGGGCGUGAAACCAUCGCCGGGUGGCGAAUGGGCGGCGGAGGGCCGCGAGGGUUACCGUGCUGCCCAUGAGGCGCUGUUGACUCUACAGGGCGUGGGGCCAAAGGUGGCGGAUUGUGUCUCUCUCAUGGGUCUCGGCUGGGGCGAGGCAGUGCCGGUCGACACACAUGUAUGGCAGAUUGCACAGAGGGAUUACAAGUUUGGCAAGGGCAAGCAUGCAAGUCUUACAAAGGCAACAUAUGAUGCCGUCGGCGCCAAAUUCCGCUCACUGUGGGGCAAAGAGGCUGGCUGGGCACAUUCGGUGUUGUUCACUGCGGAUCUCAAAGCUUUCAGCGAACGACUUGUCGCCAAGGUUGAGAAGAAAGAGGAAUUCGUCGAGGUCAAGAAAGAAGGUGAGGAGGAAGUUGUUCACGAUGUGAUCAAGACGGAAAACUUUCUCGAGAAAGCGGUGAAAAGAGAGCUCGAAGACGACGAGUCCAAAGUCUUCGAAGUCGAGCAGACAGUGACGAAGCAGAAGCGACGGCGCCGGGGAUGA